AGCGGGCAAGUCCGACCACUUCAGCGUAAACGCGCAUCUCACUUCGCACACAUUCUACAAUUUAGCAAUUAAAGUGUUAAGGGGCCUCCUGUCUAUCGUCUCGCACCGACAUUAGAUGUCGGGCGACGCGCGUAUUCGACGCGUUGACAUUUCGGCGGCGGCUCUUAGCUCGUGUUUGUUUAGAUUGCGAUGCUGCGCGCUGAGCCGUCGGGGUUUGUUGUAAUUUAUUAACGAGAAGAAGAUAUCUCGAAGGCCAUACCAGUGUUGCUUUCCAUGGAUGUGGAUCGCCGUCAGGACAAUGGAGAGGAGAGCUGCAGUACACAGGCUGAAGAUGAACAAGGCGCCCCGCCAUGCACUUUCCCUACGGCGGUUUCUGAGGAGCAGCUGGAGGGAGCUAGGAGAAGGACUCGCAAUCGCCUGCAGUUCAUCGGCUCCGGGGCCGUCUUCCUGCUGGAUGAUGGCAGAGGUCAAAGGGCAGGACCCAGCAUGCAGAACGUCUUGGAAGACAAAGCCAGACAGCACUCCAUGAAGGGGCUUGAGGAAUUUAACCGUGGGGAGUAUGAGAAGGCUGUCCUGUGUUUUACAAAAGCUAUCAACCUCACCCCACAACAGACGGAUCUCUAUGUGAAGAGAGCCGAAGCUUACCUCGAGCUGUGCGACUUCCAGUCGGCUAUCCUGGGAUACAAACAGGCACUCAGCGUCUCUCGGGGUCAAGCCCCGAUCCACGGACGCCUGGCCAGCAUCUACUGCAUACACGGCCAAGGCCUUUUUGAACACAAAUUGUAUCUGGAUGCUCUGGAGGCAUUUACGAGAGCCACAGAGCUCAAGCCCAGCAGCCUCUCCAUCCAGAUGAGAUGUGUGGCGUGCCUGGCGGCGCUGGGCCGCUACGGCGAUUGCCUGGAGCUGGUGGACCGCUGGCUCCUGGCCGAGACGGACAACGUCGACCUCUACGUGCUGCGGGCGCGCCUGCACCACCGCUUCAACAAUCCGAGCCGCUGCCACGAGGAUGCUCGUGAAGCGGCGCGUCUGGCGCCGGGCCGCGUGGAGGCGGAGGCGCUGCUGGACAGCCUGCGCAGGCGAGCGCAGGACGCGCGGGCGCAGGCCGUAGCCGGGGCGCUGCGCGGGAGGCCCCGCGAGGCGCUGGCCAAGAUCUCGCUCGCCGUCGAGAGCGACCCCGGAGCACCCGAGCACCACGUGCUGCGGGCCGCCCUGCUGCGCCAGCUGCAAGACUUUGCGGGCGCCACCGAGGAGCUGCUGGCGGGGAUGGAGGCGGCGGGUCACGACCCGGAGAACGCGGCCCAGCGAGCCGCCCAGCGGCAGCUCCUCAUCGCCUACAACGACCUCGCCGUGCACUGCUGCCGCCGGGGCCUCUUCCAGGAGGCGGUGGCGCUGCUCAACAGGGCCAUCCGCGCUGAGAAAGGGGCCAAGAGUCUCUACCGAAACCGUGGAGACUGCUUCUACAAGAUGGACGAGUUGGGGUUUGCACUCGCCGAUUACCAGCAGGCCUACGAGCUGGACCCCGGCGACUCGUGCUUGAGGGAGAGGAUCGCCUUGGUGCACCACGACCUGGCUGUGGUGGACCACCACGAAAAGCGAUACGCGGACGCGGAGCGGCGCUGCACGGAAGCGAUCCGGAACCACCCGGGGCUGGGCGCUGCCUACGUGCAGCGUGCGAUGGCGCGCCAGAUGAUGCAGGAGAACGCGGGAGCGAGGCUCGACGUUGUCACAGCCCUGCUCAUCCAGCCCAGCAACCAGAAGGUACUGCCCAUGCUGAGUCAGCUCUUUCCGGGCAAGUCGGUGGGCGACGUCAUGGCGAGCGAAUUCGCUCGCGCUGCCGCAGCAGCCACCUCGAGGUCCUCUGCACGGGGGGGAGCAGCUGGCCCGGGCGUCAGCACGGACAGAGCAUUGGCGCCACCACGCGGCCAUCGCACCGGUUCAACACCGGGUGAAGGAACUCCCCAAACAUCCCAACUGCCUGGCACGGGCGACGCCACAAACAGCGACGCCACAAACGGCGUCGCCUCUCGCGUUCCGAACUCUCGCCUAAUCCGCAAACUGAUGGCGGAGAAGAAAAAGGCGGAUGUGGACGUCAGAAGAGCGCUGAUGGAGAGGGCAUCUCUGAGCCCCGCGGUGCCGAGACUGAGGGUCGUGCAUGAAGCAAGCGGCACGCAAGCGAGCGGCACUGACCGGCCGUACACGUGGAGGACCUUCAGCCAGCACCGCUGAGGGCCAGGCUUCCUGGUAACACUGCCAGGUCUCACCUUACUCAAAGUGUCGGGUGAUUUUUUUGUUUUGUUACCGUGUAGAUUUUUCGCGCUCAUGCCGUACAGCUCACCGAUGCAUUCUCGCAACUGUUCCUGAAAAGCUCCCAGGUGGUGGAGCGAAACAGCAGGCCGGUACAACCCAAAAACAUACCGUUAUUUUUUUCCAAAUUGUACCUUCUUUGUGCCAUUGGCGUCAUACUAUUCAGAUCUGUCGGAGAGCAGUGUGACUCUUUCUGUUACAGAAAGGCCCACGGAAGU